AUGAAGCUGAGCAGCGUCUCUCUACUCACUGUGACCGUCCUCCUUUGCGUUCACAUGGCCCAGCCUGGAGUCCUGGGGCUUGCGGCUACACAGAAACCUGGCUACUGCCCAGAGUUUCCUCUUUCCUGCCCUUUCACCCUAUUACCUGCGUGCCGGCGCGACAGAGGGUGCCAGGGGGCCAAGAAGUGCUGCUUCUUCUACUGUCGACGCCACUGUGUGGAGCCCUGGACGACGCUGGACUGA